GCAUCAUGUCACGCGACGCCGCCGCGCCCGGGAAAGAGGGAAUCUAUCUCAUUAGUCGAUCUCGCGAGGGAUGCCUGGCCGUCAUGACCGGCUCGACGCCGCAGGACGCGGUCGUCGUGGUGGCGAGGCCCGACGGCAGCGAGGAGCAGCAGUGGUACGACUGCGACGGCCAGUGGCAGUGGGGCGGGGACCGCUCGCUGUGCCUGGCCCCGGCGCCGGAGGGGGGCGCGGUGGGGCUGGCCGAGUGCAGCUCCUCGCCCGCCAGGUGGCUCUUGGACGCCGAGGGCAGGAUGACCAUCGACUCGCGCGCCCUGGCGGUGCCCAAGAGGUUCAACGAACCUGUCGUUCUAAAGCACAUCAGCGAGAGCGACCGCGAAAAGUGGUGGACAGACGCCCAACUGAAGGCGUCGUUAAAGGGCGUGAAGCCGGCGGUGUAUCCCAUCGCUGCUGACGACACCACCACGUACGAGCAGGAGAUUGCUCGGGGCAUCCUCAACCGCAUUGCGCCGCUGAACGAGCCGCUUCCGUACCCGCGCGACGUGGCCAGGUUCCCCGGCGCCGUCGACGACGCCACGCCGCGGGUGCGCAAAACCAUCACGCUGGACCUCUCCGUGCUUGGCCAGCCCAGCAACCUGCGCAUGCUGAAGCCUCGCGACUGGCAGGCCACCGACCUGUACGUGGCAGCGGGGGACGUGGUCCAGGUUGAUCUCCCGGAGACUCUGUCGCCGCAGCGGGCGGGGCAGAUCGGGAUUCUCGUCGGCGCCCACACCGACAGGCUCUACCCCCACUCGGGCACCGUGCGACGACACAAGCACUUCUGGCGGAUGCCGACGAUCACAGAGGCGUUCAGAGUCAAGCCCGGGCAAAAUCACCUGCGCAGCCAGUACGGAGGGAAACUCAUUUUCACGUUCAAAAACGGGGAAAACUUCAAGGUCGACGCCGUCGUGUCGAACGUCGUGGAAGCGCCAUACUUCCGGCUGGGAAAGACGACUCCUGACGAAUGGGAGAAUCUGAAAAAGCUCGAUGCCCCUCAAGCCCUCUUCGAGAGCAACAGGGUCGUGCUUGUGGUGAGAAGCAAAGUCGUGCACGAGCUGCCUUUCCCUGACCAGCUGAUGCAGCGCUACGAGCAGGUCAUUGACAGCCACAAUGACCUCGCCGGGUUUACCGAAGAUGACCCGCCCCCGAGGGCGAAAUUUUGGCUGGUAAACGAUAUCCAGAUUUCGGCGGGCUCGGCGCACGCGGGCUUCCCGGUGAUGGUCGGCCCCUGCAGGAACCUGGCCUCCCUCCACUCGCCCUACUGCUGGUGCAUCUGGCACGAGCUCGGCCACGACUACCAGCAGGCGCACUACUGGUCGUACGCGUACGGGAGCGAGACUACCGUCAAUCUCUUUUCCCUGCAUGACGAAGAACGGUUUUUCCACAAAGACAAACUGAAGGACAACGGCCUUUAUCGCAAGACUGCCUCGAAAGUCGACGAGGGCAUGACAUUCGGCCACGCCAACUGCUGGCAGAAGCUCGUGUUCCUGAUGGAGAUCAAGUACUACUUCCCAGACGUCGGCUGGGACAUGUACCGCCAGCUGAACCGGACGACGCGGGCGCUGCCGGAGGAGGAGGCCCACCACCUCGCCCACAACCACCAGUCGCAGAUCGACUACCUGUACAAGAACCUGAGCAAGAGCGUGUCCCACGACCUGAUCCUGACGAACGACCGCUGGGGGAUCAAGAUCAGCCAGGAGGCGCAGCAGGAGAUUCAGAGCCUCGGGCUACCCAAGGCGCCGGCCGACCUGUCCAUCAGGGACUAAGGGGCAUCGCGUGGCCUUGGGUUCUUGGCCGGUCUGCGGAAUGUUUGGUUUACGUCAUGAGAUUUUCAUUUGAAGUCUGACCUGUGUCAUUUGCAUUUAUAAUAAGUUAAUCUAAUUCUAAGGAGGUUUUAUAUUGCGUGGCGUUAAGAGAAUCACUACGAUUAUUUUUCUACAUCUUUUCCCUCUGUCGUAUAUGUAAUUCCGUUUCUUGUUGGGCGGGGAAGCUUAUUCAACGCUCAGUUCUCUGUUAGUUGAUGUUUUUCUCUCCCUCCCACCUUCUCUGUUUCUGUUCGUCCGUCUGCCUGUCUGUCCGUCUCUCUCUCUCUCACACAUUCUCUCUCUGUCUCUCUCUCUCUCUCUGACUCCCUCCUCUUGCCAAAAGGAAAAAAAUAGGCCUAUUUGUGCUCCUGCUUAAGUACAAAAAAUAAUUUAUUUUCUACAAAACAAUCGUCUUAUUCACUUCAUACAUCCUUGGUCUCCAUUUCAGCCAUAUUAUUUUUAUAUAGCGUGUGUGAAGUUUGACAUUGACUGGAAAGGGUAAUUAGAGUCUACUGCAUUUAUGUCAGUUUGUGUGAUGCAAUUCGCUCGGGGGAUUUGCCUCGUCACUGACCUCGAAGAAGUAAAUUUCAGCUCCACUUUAUAAUCACAAGUGUCGUCCCAUCAGGGUUUCCUUUCACGUUUUAAUUCUUGUGCUUUUUAUAGAGAUCUCAGAAUAUAAUGUGUUAUUUUGACUUUCAAAUGUAUUGCCAGAAAUAACCGACAAUAAAGAUAAAAGGGUUA